CAGGUGACUCCAGCGUCUAUGAGUAUAAUCUGUUGCACUCAUGUUUCUAUUUAUACUUGUUAUUAUCACAAAUUUUAAUUAUAUUCUAUUAGACAAUAACCAUACAAGUGAUUGAACAAAAUAGGUUGAUAAUUUAAAGUAUUGUAAUCAUGCCGACAAUCAAUGUAAAACGUGAUCUUCUAUUUGGAGCACUUGGAAAAACAUAUUCCGAUGAUGAAUUUCAAAAUCUAUGCUUUGCUUUUGGAUUAGAAUUAGAUGAAGUGACUACUGAACAACAAAUGAUUGCAAAAGAACAGGGGACAGAACAAAGUAGUGGCGCAUCUGAAGAAAUAAUUUACAAAAUUGAUGUUCCAGCAAAUAGAUAUGAUCUAUUGUGUUUAGAAGGUCUCUCAAUUGGAUUGUUAGUUUUUUUAGGAAAAAUUAAUCCACCUCAAUAUAGACUUAUUUAUCCACCAAUGCCAAAUAAACUUACAACAAUAACCAUCACGAAUACGUGUAAAUACAUUCGACCACACGUAGUUGGUGCUAUACUCAGAGGAAUAACGUUGACGAAAGAUUCUUAUAACAGUUUUAUAGAUCUUCAAGAUAAAUUGCAUCAAAACAUUGGUAGGAAGCGUUCAUUAGUUUCCAUUGGAACUCAUGAUCUCGAUACUAUCCAAGGUCCAUUUAUUUAUGAUGCAAAACCACCUCAAGAUAUUCGGUUUGUACCUUUGAACCAAGACAAGGAAUGUGACGGUUUUGGAGUCAUGGAAUUAUACGCACAUCAUGCCCAAUUGAAGCAAUAUUUACCAAUUAUAAAAGAUAGUCCGUAUUUUCCUGUUGUUUAUGAUAGCAAAGGAACUGUAUUAUCACUGCCACCAAUUAUAAAUGGCAAUCAUUCUAAAAUAACUUUGAAUACAAAGAAUAUAUUUAUUGAAUGCACAGCAACUGAUUUAACAAAGGCAAAGAUCGUUAUUGACACAAUAGUUUGCGCUUUUAGUCAAUAUUGCAAAGAUCAAUUUACUGUUGAACCAGUAGAAAUAAUUUAUUCAGAAACAAAACAAGUACUACGUACACCAGAAUUAGAAUACCGAAUGAAUGAAAUAAAUGGUGAAAAAGCAGCCAAGUAUAUAGGCAUUGACGAAUCUCCUAGAGAAGUAGCUAAAUUAUUAUCAAAAAUGUGUUUAAAAACUGAGUUCAAGAGUGAAGAUAAGUUGGUAGUUACAAUACCACCAACGCGUCAUGAUGUUAUUCAUGUUUGUGAUAUUUAUGAAGAUAUUGCGAUUGCUUGGGGAUACAAUAAUAUUAAGAAAACUGUACCAGACACACCAACGAUUGGUCAAGAAUUUUUGUUGAAUAAAUUAACUGAUCAUUUACGGCAAGAGCUGGCUCAAACAGGAUUCACUGAGGCACUUACUUUUGCUCUUUGUUCGAGAGAAGAUGUUGCAGAUAAAUUAAAUUGGAGUUUUGAAUCUAUUCCUGCUGUUACAAUAUCCAAUCCCAAGACUCUUGAAUUUCAAGUAGCAAGAACAACGUUAUUGCCAGGAUUAUUGAAGACGCUGGUUGCUAAUAAAAAAAUGCCUUUGCCACUAAAAAUAUUCGAGGUCUCAGAUGUUGUGCUGCGUGAUGCAACAGCUGAAUGUGGAGCAAAAAAUCAACGUAGAUUGUGUGCAGUUUACAGCAAUAAAUCAGCAGGUUUUGAGAUAAUUCAUGGACUUCUUGAUAGAGUAAUGUUGUUACUUGAAGUUCCAUGGAGUAUUGAUAAAACUAAUGAUGGGUAUUAUUUAGAAGCUGCUGAAGAUCCAACAUAUUUCCCUCAGCGUUGCGCUAAAAUAAUCGUUCAUGGAAAGCCAAUUGGAAAAAUGGGUGUUCUACAUCCACAAGUAUUGCAAAAAUUUGACCUCCAUUUACCUUGCUCGGCUUUAGAAAUAAAUAUUGAACCAUUUUUGUAAUUGUAUUCACUUUUUUCAUACUGCAUAAUUUUAUUAUCAUUUACAAUGAACUUUGUAAUUGUAAAAAAUUCCUCAUUGAUCUAAUAUUUUUUCCAGCAUAGCUUUAGUAUUUAUUAAUACAUGCAUUUGUAUGAAAUCAAAGUGUUAACAUAAGUUGA